UUAUCUGUCAUAAAUCCCAUUUUGCUAAACAGCUAACCGCUAAAUAGGAACGCUCAGACCUUGUGGAACCCGGUUUAAUUUCAAGUCUUUUUACUGUCCAAAAAUGUUCUCUGUUGUCUGGGCAACGGACUAUUUUUAUAUCACAACCAAGAUGAAAGAUUGAAACCCAGACCUAGCUAACCCCAAAUUACAGCGACGGUUGUGACAAUGGACAUAUACCUUAAACAAAGAAAACGAGAACCGCGUCUGCCAUCCAGAAACACUGGCCGGGACCCAGCGGCGACGCCCGCUUUUCAGUUCUUUCAAACCGGAGAUGCUGGUCAGAUUCCAACGCUGGUCGGGACUGGAUAUAGGCCUAGGUCCAACAUUUGUGAAAACUACGUGGCCUUAGUUGGAGCAAGUUGUGAAUUUGAUGACGGAAAGCUUCCACCCAUAUCAACUCUUUUUAACAAACUACUUUAUAAAGGUGUGUCAGCGGAGGUGAGUGGCAGCGGGGUCAGGUCAGAAACUGUCACUUCAGGUUCAUGUCCAGAAGCAGGUUCUCAGGUCAGUGCAGUGAAGCUGCUUCCAUCUGGAGACCAGAUAUUCCCGCUCCAGGUCACCGAGAAGCUGGAUAAGAGACAGGCCAGUACAGCUGGAGAAAACUGGCUGAACCCAGAUCCAGUCCACCUCACGACCUCACUCGGAGGUGAUAGUCCGGUCACCACUUACACCAUCCUGCCAACGGAGGAAGAUCUGAAGCAGUUGCAGUCUGGCCAAGACAAGAAUGGACACAUUAAACGGCCACCAAAUGCCUUUAUCGUGUGGUCUCAUAUCCACCGAAAUGCCCUGCGCAAAACCCAUCCUGGAGCCAACAUGACAGACAUCAGUACUGUGCUGGGCUGUGAGUGGUCCAAGCUCAGUGAGGAACAGAAGUGGCCCUACUAUGAAAUGGCUCACAAACUGAAAUACAUGCAUAGGCAGCAAUUCCCUGAUUAUGAGUUUCGCCCCCAGAAGAAGAAAGACAUAGAGUGUUUGUCCUCAGGGCAGGGAGCAGGACAGGACCCUGGCGUUUCCUUCUCACAGGCCGUGCCUCCAGCUCAAUCCCAGUUGCAGGGCCCCAGCGUGUACCCAUAUCCUGCCAUGAUGGCCUACAGAGUGAGCUACUACCCAGCUUCUUGCCCAUAUCAUCAAAUGGGCCCCUACUCCAGGGUCCAGUCCAACUGUCCAAGGGUUUUUUACAGAUACCCAAAUGCCUACAGCUCAACAAAGGAAGUGAGGAAUUACCACAACACUCUGCAUCAAACCGCAUCAGAAAGCAUUGAGCAGCCUGACAUUGUCACCAGUCAGCAGCUUUCAGUCAACAACAAAGUAGGGUGCAAAUAUGAGGAUGAUGUUGAUGUUUUUGGACUGCUCUAGGAGACGUUAAGCACACACAGGGCAAUACUUUCAGCGAUAUUAGCAGAAUCUAUAUUUUAAUUCAUGGCCAAAUAAAAUG